CCAGUUCCAAAUCGAGUUCCCUCAGGGCGGCUCUUUUGUAUACACAGCAGAGACGGGCAUCUCUCGCGAACCUCGUGCAGAGAUGAGGAAACUUCACAGGAAAGUAGCCGCAUUUCUCCCCUUCUGGCUGCUCUUCGAGCAGGCUGCUAGCUACCUCUACGACAACCGCUACGCCGGGGAUAAAGUGAUAAGGGCUGUUCCAGACAAUGAAGCAGCAGCAAAGACUUUGAAGAACCUUACCCAGCAAUUUAAGGUGGAUCUGUGGCAGCCAGGCAGCGUCUCCUACAUCUCCAAGGGUGCAUUUGUUGAUGUACGUGUAUCAAGGAAUACUUCACAAAUUCUUCUGCCUUACCUACAACAAGCAAACAUUCAAUAUACAGUCCUCAUAUCUGAUCUACAAAAAGCAGUUGAAAAGCAGAGUGGUUUGAAGUCAUCCAGGAAUCGUAGAUCUUUACCAGGAUACAGCUAUGAAAUAUAUCAUUCACUGGAGGAAAUUCAAAGUUGGAUGUAUCAUCUGAAUAAAUCUCAUUCAGAUCUUGUUCACAUGUUCUCUAUUGGGAAAUCAUAUGAAGGAAGACCACUUUUUGUGCUAAAGUUAGGCAGAAGAUCACAGGUUUAUAAGAAAGCUGUCUGGAUGGAUUGUGGAAUCCAUGCAAGAGAAUGGAUUGGGCCAGCCUUUUGCCAGUGGUUUGUGAAAGAAGCUCUCCAGACAUAUCAAACUGAUCCAGCUAUGAGAAGAAUGCUAAAUCAACUAUAUUUCUACAUCAUGCCUAUUUUAAAUGUGGAUGGAUACCAUUUCAGCUGGACCCAUGAUCGAUUUUGGAGGAAAACAAGAUCAAAGAAUUCAAGGUUUCGCUGCUAUGGUGUCGAUGCUAAUCGUAACUGGAAAGUGAAAUGGUGUGAUGAAGGUGCUUCCAUCCAUCCCUGUGAUGACACGUACUGUGGUCCCUUCCCUGAAUCUGAGCCUGAGGUAAAGGCUGUAGCUCAUUUCCUUCGCAAACACCGAAAACAAAUAAAAGCCUACCUGUCCUUCCAUGCAUAUGCCCAGAUGUUACUGUAUCCAUAUUCUUACAAGUAUGCGACCAUUCCAAAUUUCAGUUGUGUGGAAUCUGCAGCUUUUAAUGCCGUGAAUGCCUUGCAGUCAGUUUAUGGAAUAAGAUACCGAUACGGCCCUGCCUCAAGUACUCUGUACGUAAGUUCUGGCAGUUCUAUGGACUGGGCAUACAAAAAUGGCAUCCCAUAUGCAUUUGCAUUUGAGCUGCGUGAUACUGGCCAUUUUGGGUUUCUGCUACCUGAGAACUUAAUCAAACCAACUUGUACAGAGACUAUGUUAGCUGUUAAAAAUAUAACAAUGCAUCUGCUAAAAAAGUGUCACUAAGGUACAUUAAAACAGCUCAAAACCAUUAAUUUCUCAUUAUUUCAAAUGCUUUAUUAUGUAAAUAAUGUCAGGUCACUGAAUAGAAUGUGACAUGUCCUGGCGGAACUCAUAGAAAGAGAAUGUGCCAUUUGUUCUAUGUGUUGAAAAGAAUGUUGUAUAUAUACAGGCUGUGUGUAUCCUGGCAUUAUACCAUACAA